AAAUCAAAAAAGAAAAAGAAACUAUAGAUUUAGCAGGGCCUCCAAUAAAUAAAUAAAUAUGUAAAAUGCUUGAAACAGCUACCCUACUUCAUUCCUCAGGCUCAGCUGUAUCCUGGAGACAUUCCUGUAUCCUUUUAAUAAAUUCCCCUUUCUCAUUUAAACCCUUCAUUGCUAGGGUUCUCCACGGGGCUCCCCGCCAUCAUUUUGCUUUGGCGCCAUCUGGCGCCCAAAAGGGAAGUGAUGCACCUGUGCUCUCCACUCUCUGCCUUUUGUCUCUUCGCUUGGUCGAAUCUGGUACCUGUACCUUUAAGAUGCUUGGUCAAGACUGAAGAAUUCGGGGGCCGGCGCCAAGGAAAGCAAGCAUGAAGUCCUCUUAGGUUGGUCCUGUCCGGGUAAGGGGCGGGCUGUAGCAAACUCCACGUAAGAAAUUGGUCUUUCUUUCGGCUCCGCCCCCGUGAAGCAAUCAUGAACGCCUGUGAUUGGCCAGGCGCUCUGGAGGCGGGGGCUCCGAGCUUGGCUCCAGGUUCUUCAGCAAGCCAGGGCUGCGGCGCGGUGGGCGGUAUGUCCGCGGGUGGGAAGACGCGUGGGGAUGCAGGAGGAGAGGGCACUGCUGCUGCCGCCCCCUUCAGCUUCAGCUCGGAACCAACGCUCGAGGACAUCCGCCGCCUCCAUGCUGAGUUUGCUGCUGAACGAGACUGGGACCAGUUCCACCAACCUCGGAACCUCCUCCUGGCCUUGGUGGGGGAAGUAGGGGAGCUGGCAGAGCUCUUUCAGUGGAAGCCGGAUGAGGAGCCUGGGCCCCAAGCCUGGCCCCCCAGGGAACGAGCAGCCCUUCAAGAGGAGCUCAGUGACGUCCUCAUCUACCUGGUAGCAUUGGCAGCCCGCUGCCAUGUAGAUCUGCCCCGAGCGGUGCUCUCCAAGAUGGACACCAACCGGCGACGCUACCCAGCGCAUCUGUCCCGCGGCUCUGCCCGCAAGUACACAGACUUGCCCCACGGGGCCACCUCUGAAAACCAGGCUGUGGGGCCUGCAGACCUUGCCUAUGAGUCCACAGGUCAGGCCUCAACCUAGAAACACGGGCACAGAACCUGCAACUCAGCACGGCAUCUGAGGAGCAGAGGGUGCUCCAGCCAUGCUACCUCAUUCUAGUCCUUUCCUAACAGAUCAUGGGCCUGGGGGCUACCCUUCUUGAGGUCUGAGGCCCAAGAACCUCCAGUAGGUAGCCUCCUGGUUUUUUCUCUCUCAAUAAAAGUUUUGGUUAGCAA